CAACUGCUGCCUCACCCACAAACCAAGAAGCGUCAUCUACAUCUUUGAACACUAAUGCAGAUGGAGUGAGGCAUCGUAAUCUUGCACAAGCACAAAGCAAUCCCAUACUAAGCCACCAGUUCCCUUAUGUAAUGCAAGGCUUUAAGACAUCAAGAAAGUGACUUUUGCAAAAGUUUGGAAGAAAGUAGAGGUUCAAGUCCUGUAAAAGACGUAUCUGUGAGGGAGAGCUGUUAGCCCAAAGGCCUGUCAUCGUCUGUUGAGCAGUAUUAAACAACAGCCACUCUGAAAUCCGUAACUGCUGAGAAAGAGUUGGUGAACACCUGCAGACCUCAGGCAAGUCGGGUAGCACUGCUGCUUGGUGACUGAGCUGGAGGAGUAAGUGUGCUGGAACACCUGAGUGGUCCUGCCUGUUUGCAUCCCCACAUUGAGGGAUUGAAGUUGAGACCUUGCUCAGUGAUUUGUUACAACAUGGCAUUUAAUGACACGCAUGUAGAACAGCUGAAUCAACUGUACAUUUUGAAGGUCAAAUGUUUUAUGAGGGAUAGGGUUCUGUGGAUUUUGGAGGAGCCUCAUUUAUCAGCGUUGGCCAGUUCAGGGUAUAGAAAAACGCAUUCUUAUGUGCCAUAAAGAUAAAAGCAUGAUUGAUGUUUUUCAGUGCCAGCUUGAUAGCUUCGUUGUUCCAUCACGUUAACCAUGCAUAAAUAAGUAGCAUCAGCAAGGCUGCAAGUUCACCCUUUCAGGUUUUGGAAGAAACCUAGAGUAUUGCCUGUGACUGUCUCAGUUUGAAUGCAGUAUCAGGAGAGUAGCUUUUGCUUUUGGUGUUUUGUUUUUUUGUUGUUUUUUUUUUUUUCCCAGACCGUUGUCAAAACAGGUUAUGACUAAACACAAACAUACCAAACAGUUCUAGGGAGACUUGUCCGGAAUCAGAGUGAAAUACUUACUCAUGUGUAACAUGGAAAAGAUUUUAAUGUCUACCUCCCAUCUUUCUUUCUGGGCAUGUCUUGUAUAUCUGAGUGCCUGGUAGACUAACGAAAUCUCUUGGUGAUAUCUUUGCAGGGAGUGCUUUACUUAGGGAAAGGUGUAGUCUGCAGUGCUAUUACAGCAGUCUCAGCUUUUGCUGCCUGCAGUGUGAAUAAGGUUUUCUUCAUGCUUUAUACUCUCAUGCUGUCCUGAAAGAUGUCCUGGUUUGCUACAGUUCCCUACAUCCAAAUCUUUGGGGAAAGAGUUGGAAAUCUUGCCAAAACAUGCUAUAUGCUCUAGGAGCAAUAUAGGUAACCAAUUUCCAGGCCAAAGUGUUCCUGCUGGAUUUUCUGUAUAUCCUGCAUUCAGUCCCUUACAGAUGAUCUGGUGGCAACAAAUGUAUGCACGUCAGUACUACAUGCAAUACCAAGCUGCUGUUUCAGCCCAAGUGACUUCCAGCACUGAGCCAGUGAGAUCUGCAGUUGCCCAGGCUGUAAAUUCAGAACGUGCUCCUGCAAAUGAGCCUGCAGCAGUGCCAAAUAUAGCCGUCCAGGACAACAGGCCUGUAAACCCAAAUGUUCAGAUGAAUGCACAGGGUGGCCCAGUAGUGAAUGAGGAGGAUUUCAACCGGGACUGGCUGGACUGGAUGUACACGUUCUCCAGAGCAGCAAUUCUUCUGAGCAUUGUAUACUUCUAUUCUUCCUUCAGUCGAUUUGUCACGGUAAUGGGAGCCAUGCUGCUGGUUUAUUUACACCAAGCUGGAUGGUUCCCCUUUAGGCAAGAGGGAGGCCAGCACCAGGCAGCCAAUAACAUGGAUGUGAAUCAUGAUGGGCAACAUGCAAAUAAUCCUGAUCUUGAAGAGAUGGAGCGACUUAUGGAUGAUGGGAUUGAUGAAGACAGUGGAGAAGAUGCAGGUGAAGAUGCCAAUACAGAGCAGCAGCCCGGAUUCAUGGCUUCUGCUUGGUCCUUUAUCACAACCUUCUUCACUUCACUCAUCCCUGAAGGGCCUCCACAAGUUGGCAAUUAAAGAGGAAAAGGAACUUUGUCAGGCAGCCUCAGUAGCCACACAUAGAAGUGGAGCAGAUUCUAGAGAGCAUUCUAAAUACAGCGCAAUUCCUGAACAUUUACAAUGUUACUUUUCUGAUCCCAGUGUACAAAAAUGUGUAUGUGUUGUUUCCUUUCAGCUUUCUGAUGCAUCGAUUAUUUUAAGCACAAGUAGACUACUAAAUGCUUUCUUUUAAGAUUCUUCUUUUUCUGAAGAAUAAAAUGUAAAGAUACUGGUCUUCCAUGUUUUAUUUAAAUUUCAAAUGUGUAUUAUACUGAGGCAAAAAGCUUGUACUUAAUCUGCACCAUUACCUCUUUAAAGAGCUGUUAAAAACAUGAAUGUCGAUGGAACUUCCAAGUGCUCCCUAUUCACCAGAAUCAUGUAUCUUGUGACCUUGGGUUCAUUUUAUGCAGGGUGUGAAUUCUCACCUGGGAUUUUGAGUUGAUAUAAUUCCUGGCAGAAUGCUGUAAACACAGGGAUUACUUGUUAAUGAUGUGUUGUCUUCAUGUUGCAAAAUACUAAGCCUCUUCUCUUACAUUUAGAAAACUAAAAGCUUUCUCCUGAGGUUCUUCCGAAGUUCAUUAAAGUUGGAGAUGUCUGACAGCUCUUCAAAGACAAUUGAUAGUGAUGGGAUAAACCUUAAAUGUUUGAUACAUACAGUACUUUUUAAGAAAAAUAUAGCUGCACAGGGGAAAAGAACAUGUACAUUAGGGUUUUUUAAUAAAAACUGUCAUGGUAA